CUGCGAUUAAAAAUUUCAUUGUAAUGAGGCGUUAGUAACGAUCAUUCCCUCCAGGUAAAUCAAACAGCCAAAUUCACUUCGAAACUCGAAGGGAUCAGAGCGGAGCGGAGGUGGGAGCCGAGGUAUCCGGUCGGGUUGUGUGAAGGGUUUUAGGUCUGAAAAGUCGCCCGAGUCCCUUCGGAAGGAGGCUAUUUUCAGAGCCAAUUAAAAUCUGAAUUAGAUAUGUUAUACUCCUACAAUUGCUGCUGUACUCUAGUCUCCCUACAACUCGACGGACCUAAGCGUUCAUCGGACUCUAGGCAAGUUUUUUUUGUAGAUUAUAAUUCUAGGAAAUCACAGAAGCAGCUCUUAGUGGUAAAUUUGUCGCGGAAAUCUAUUCAAAAUAAUAGGUUUAGCUCAAAAUUGAAUCUUGCUGGCGUAAAUUUGGUGGGCAAGGUCGAAGCGAAGUGUACGAUGAAAUGCUCUUCCUAUGGAGGUUGCAUGCCCUUGAUAUUAAAGUCCUUGGAAGAUGUCAAGGAUAUUGAUGAAGCUUUGAAGCCAUGGGAAGGGAACCUUAGCAACAAGGAAAGAACCAUAAUCCUCAAGGAACAGACUCAUUGGCAAAGGGCAUGGGAAAUAUUCAACUGGUUUAAAAGCAAGGGUUGCUAUGAGCUCAAUGUGAUUCACUACAAUAUCAUGCUUCGAGUUCUUGGCAUGGCCCGAAAAUGGAAUCUCAUGUGGUCUCUUUGGAAUGAGAUGCAAUGUGAAAGCAUUAUACCCACCAAUGCAACUUAUGGCACAUUAAUUAAUGCUUAUAGCAAAGGUGGUUUGAAAACGGAAGCCCUAAUGUGGCUUUGUGAGAUGUACAAGCAAGGGGUGAAACCAGAUGAGGUGACAAUGGGGACUGUUGUUCAAGCAUACAAGAAGGCUGGGGAGUUUUGUAAGGCAGAGGAUUUCUUCAAGAGGUGGUCAAUGGCUAUGGGCUAUGCUCCUAGAACUCACAAUAGUUACAGCUUAUACACAUAUAACACUCUGAUAGAUACUUAUGGGAAGGCAGGUCUUCUUGGAGAAGCUUCAGACACAUUUGCUCAGAUGCUAAGCCAAGGUAUUGUACCUGACACUGUUACAUUUAAUACAAUGAUCCAUAUUUGCGGAAACCAUGAACGGUUUGAAGAAGUUGUUUCUUUAGUAGAAAUGAUGGAUGAGUUGCAGUGUUAUCCUGAUACAAGAACAUAUAACAUACUUAUUUCAUUAUAUGCAAAAUGUGAUGAUAUUGCUCAGGCAACUAGUUAUUUCAAAAAGAUGAAGGACGCUGAUCUGGUCCCAGAUAUUGUGAGCUACCGAACACUUCUUUAUGCUUUGUCUGUAAGGUGCAUGGUUCAGGAUGCUGAAUCCCUCGUCAUGGAAAUGGAGAUAAAGGGCCUUGAGAUUGAUGAGUACAGUCAAACAGCUUUGACUAGAAUGUAUGUUAAAGUAGGAACACUUGAGCAAUCCUGGGCUUGGUUUGAAAAAUUCUGUGCUAAGAUGAGCUCAGAAUGCUAUGCUGCUAAUAUAGAUGCUUUUGGAGAGAAAGGGGUCUUGUUUCUUGCUGAGAAAGCAUUUUCUCACUGUACAGAGAGAUGUAAGCUUAGUGUGCUUGUGUUCAAUGUGAUGAUUAAAGCAUAUGGUGUAAGGAAAGAAUAUGAUAAAGCUUGUGACUUGUUUAACAUUAUGGAUGAUUAUGGUAUUUUGCCAGAUAUAUGCACCUAUUGCUCGCUUAUACAGCUUCUUUCAGAUGCUGAACUUCCACACAGAGCAGUGACCUUUGUAAGAAGUAUGCAGGAGGCUGGCCUGGUAAGUGACUGUGUACCUUAUUCUAUGGUGAUAAGUAGCUUUACUAAGCUUGGUGAAGUCAGAAGUGCAGAAGAUUUGUUUAAAGAAAUGAUAAAGGUUGGUGUGCAGCCUGAUAUCAUCAUCUACUCUGUUUUGAUAAAUGCAUUUGCUGAAGUUGGGAGUGCUCAAGACGCUGCUACAUAUGUAGAAUUGAUGAAGAGUAUGGGUUUGGUUCCCAACUCUAUCAUCUGCAAUUCAUUGAUCAAACUUUAUACAAAGAUUGGGUAUUUACGAGAAGCAGAAGAGACCUAUAAGUUAGCAAAAUCUUUGGUAGGUGGUCCUCACCUAUACUCUUCAAAUUGUAUGAUUCAUCUUUACUGUGACAAUGCCAUGGUUCAGAAGGCUGAGGAUAUCUUCCAUCACCUAAAGCUUAACGGAGAAGCAAAUGAGUUCUCAUAUGCAAUGAUGCUUUGCAUAUACAAAAAAAUGGGGAGAUUUGAUGAAGCUUAUAAGAUAGCUCAAGAGAUGCAUGGUUUAGGACUCAUUUCUGAUGCACUUAGCUACAAUAAUUUGAUUGGUUUUUAUGCUGCGGAUGGAAGAAUGAAGGAGGCUCUAAAAACUUUUCAACAAAUGUUGUCUAUAGGCAUAAAACCUGAUGAUGCUACUUUCAAGUCUCUUGGUAUUAUUCUGCUCAAGAGGGGAGUUUCAAAGGAAGCCAUCAAACGUUUAGAAAAGGUUAGAGAAAAAGAUAGUUUGGGUGGGUUACAGGAAUGGGUAAAGGCCAUGUGCUCAAUGGUUAGGUUGGAUGAGACCUUCACUGGAUUUGAUGGUAAUAAAAAGGAACAACGAAAAGGAGAUUUGUCCAUACCCAAGUUUUACGAAGGAAUUGGGUCCUAUAGAGAAUCAAUGUACUUGGAACAAUAUUCAUGCGGAUGAAAAGCUUCUAAUUCCUUAAAUUAGUUUUGUUAUUGAUUUAGGAAGAUUUAUAAGUAUUCUGUGGUUGUGAGC